GCUAUCUCUACCUCUCUCUCUCUCUCUCCCCGACCUUUUAUACAGAAAUAUUUUUGCACUUAAAUGUAGUGCUGCUUUCAAUAAUCAUAAAUUGUGAUUUGGGAAACACCCAAAUCUUUAAGAGUGAUCCGUAGCAGAAUUGCACUGGGAAAAAAAACCAAGUUCUUGGCUUUCCCCAUAGGGUUUAUUUGCAUUUAAAACCCUUUUGAAAUUGGAUAGAGGAAAUUGUGGAGAAGAUGUGGGAUGAUAAGAAACCUCACUUUCUUGUGGGCUUCAAUCCUUCUUCCAGUUCUGAAGCACUGAAACUUCCAUUUAAAUUCAAAAAGCACAUUGAUGGAACAACACCAGGAACAGCAUUCUUAUUGGGUCCUAGUGGGAAUACCUGGUAUGCUAACUUAACCCAGCAAAACGAUGAUUUAUUCCUCCAAGAUGGAUGGGUAGCAUUUGUUAGGGAUCACUCCUUGGAAUCUGGUGACUCUUUGGUAUUCAGAUAUGAUGGCAAUUUGCACUUCACUGUGCAAGUUUUUGACAAAAGUUCAUGUGAGAAAGAAAGCACCUUCAGUUGUGAAUGCAGUCAAUCUCCAAGCAACUAUAAUUGCCGUUUAAUGAAGAAAAGAGACAGAGAGAAUUCAGCUUUAUUAGAUUGCAUUAUUGAAGGGAUUCCAAAGAGAGUGAGGACAUCUCAAGUUAAUACUCAAUGCAUAACCACAAUUCAGGAACUUAAUAGAGAUUUAACUGAUAAGAACGAAUGCUCAGAAGAAGAGGCCGGUUACUUUAGUGAAAGGUGUCAAGAGCCAAACUUUCUCAAUCAAAUAGAGAAUGGUAGCUGCACUUUAAAGAACUCUGUCACCAUUGCUGUGCCAUCUGUAAGAAAUUCAGAAGCAACAACAGGUGAGAGGACAGGCAAGGAAGAUUUGCUGUUGUCAGCACCAGAAGCUGAGAGAGUGGCCCGAGCAUUUACUUCAUCUUUACCUUGUUUCAUGAAAGUCAUGAAAAGAUUCAAUAUAAGUGGUUCAUAUACUCUGAAUGUUCCAUAUCAGUUUGCCAUGGCACACCUUCCCAAAUGCAAAGUCAAGAUUGUGCUUCACAAUCUAAAAGGAGAGAGUUGGACUAUUAAUUCAAUCCCCACGACAAGAGUGCAAACAUCACAUACUUUCUGUGGAGGGUGGUUGGGCUUUGUUCGUGAUAACAAUAUAAAUGAGGGAGACAUAUGUAUCUUUGAACUUGUGCACAAGUGUGAGCUGCGAGUACACAUUGUACGGGUCAGAAGGGAGGGUGUCAAUGAUCGUAGUGAGAAUGAAGCUCAUAAAAUGAUGGUUAACAGCUCUUGUGCCACGCCAUUGAAAAUUUCGAGACGCAAGGCAAUGAAAAUUAGUACAAAGCCUUGUAAUCUAUCUUUACAGCAGUUAAAAAAAUUUGAUAAGAAGGGACAUGAUCCAAUCAAAGUGAAAUGUGGCAAUGAGUCCAUAAGUGGCGAAUUAGUUGAAAGUUUAACAGUGAUCUAUGAAACGAGCUCACAAGGCAGAUCGAGUUCUCAUACAAAGGGUUGCAUAUCAAUGAAGUCUGCACCUGAAGAAAAAUUAGCAGCAGAAUCAUUUCUUUCCAGUUUUCCUCAUUUUGUCAGAGUAAUGAAAAAGUUCAACGUCAGUGGAUCAUACACUCUGAAAAUCCCAUAUCAGUUCUCAAUGCAACACCUACCAAGCUGCAGAACCGAGGUAAUUUUACGUAAUUUGAAAGGCAAAUGCUGGACUGUAAAUUCUAUCCCAACUAUUAAGGUGCAAACUUUGCAUACUUUCUGUGGUGGUUGGAUGGCCUUUGUUCGUGAUAAUGACAUUCAAAUGGGAGAUAUCUGUAUCUUUGAGCUAAUAGGCAAGAAUGAAUUGCGUGUGCACAUAUCUGGAGUUGGUCAACAGGGGUCCGACAAUCAAAGUGGCAGAGUAGGGUCAAAUGCUGUUGUUCCUGCUAAGGACCAGGUUCACGUUGAGAAGGCAAUAUUUGCCAAUUUUCAUGCUGACUGCUCAAUAUCCUGCAAUCUGCUUAAAUUCCUGAUAAAUCUUGUUGUGAGAUCAGAAAAUGUAGAUACACUAAUCAGAGUGGCAAAAACUAAUGUUUUCAUGGAAGGUGGAUGUGCCCUCUAUCUUUGUGUUUUGACUGAAAAUGCAGUUUCUUCUAUCAGCAGUGUAGUUAAUUCUAUUAAACUUUCUCGGUCAUGGGCCUGUAGGAAGUGGGAGGAAGAAAUUUCACUGGCCCAUUUUCAGUCAGCUCAGUUCUUUCAAACUCUCUCUGCCGUAAUUAUCGAAAACCAACUUGCUAUUCCCCAAAAAUUUGCCAACAAUUUGAAAGAGAAGCUAGUAGGAGCCGUUUCACUCAAAGGUCCUAGUGGCCUAGAAUGGAAGGCUGGAUUAACAAUGAUUGAUGAUACACUAUAUUUGAAAGAAGGAUGGAAAUAUGAUGCAAAUUGUGUGUACGUUGGGGCUUCGCGAUUUGAUGUUUUGAUGUUUGACUAUCAAAGCUUAUGCGAGAAAGAGAGUUCUUAUUUCAUAAAAAGAUGCGAGAAUGGAGGGACCGAUGGUGGAUGCAAAAGAAAGGAUAAUUCUACAGAAACUAUUGAAGUUACUAAUGAAGCUUCACAUGACGUUUCUGAGUCUACCCCAUCAAAAAGGCCUGGAAAGCAUGGUGCUUUGCCGCCAAGGUCUCGAGGACGGCAACGGGGAACAUGUAGUUCCAUCAAUCGGAGUGUUUUUUCUGGCCCGGCGUCGCACAGGAGGCAAGUGACUGAGGAAGAUAAAGAUAAGGCCCUAAAGAUGGCAUGUGCAUCAGCAUCUGAAAACUCCUUUAUAGUUGUCAUGCGGCCGACACAUGUUUACAGGGGAUUUUAUCUGCAAAUUCCAUCUGAAUGGGCAACGAAAUAUAUGCCUAACAGAAGCCAAGAUCUUACGCUCCAAGUGAAAGACAAAACUUGGAAGGUCAGGUUCUAUAAGAGGGAUUAUCGUACAGGUGGACUGGCGGGCGGUUGGAAAAGAUUUGUACAUGAAAAUUUCCUUGAAGAAUUCGAUGUGUGUCUGUUCAACCUUGUGACCGGAGCAACAGAUGACAUAGUAAUGGACGUCAGCAUCUUCAAAGUGGUAGAGGGUGUGAUUCCGGUUACUCGGCUGCCUCCGAUCAAUCUGAAGGGUAGGAAGCCCAUGAAGAUAUGAGGGCAAGAAUUAAGAAGGGCAUUAACGUUUUGAGCUUGGAAGUUGGGUUUGCCUAUGCUUAGAUGUGUUUAAUGCACCUGGAUGUAAUGCAGGCCUUUAUUUUGAAGUAUUUUCAGCUCUAUCAUAGCUCCGUUUAAUGGUUUUUGCUUUUGCAGUGAGAUGGUAAACUCUUCCAUCCUUUUCUUGUGUGUGCUUUCUAAUCCAUUUUAAAACAAAAUAUGCUGUAUAUCCUCUAGAA